AGAAACACGUGACAUGAAGAUAGCCUACACUAGGCUAUAUGAUGAGAUGUUAGGCUGUGAUUUGACCGAACCCCAUUGUUCCCCUUCUUUUUUCAGGUUUGAUAAUUACACAUAGGCCUAAACCCAAACGCCAACAUCUCCGUCCUCACCCAACCUGUGUGAUGACUGCCCAAAUAGAUAUAGCCAUCCCCCUCCAAUAGACUCCCCCCUUCCUCCUUCCUUCCCGUCCUCCCUCCGCACCAGUCACAUGGAGGUUAGCGGUGACCCAUCGCUCCCUCGGUUCCGUGGCAGUCGCUCUCCCGUGCGCCUUGGAGACAGACGAGAAGCGAAACGCGCAAAACUAUCGCGGCGCCUCGUCGCAUCUAUUCCCACGGAAAAUCUCUCCGGAAUCCGCUGAAGCCGCAGGUAAACGAUACUCUGUUAAACGGGUUAUUUUUAGUCACCCACCGCAGCGAUGAGUGGCUGGAAGCCGGUUGUGAGCCCGAGUGGUGCUGCGCUGUGGUAAAUGAAGCCCCGCUUGGUGUUCAGCAAGAAUGAAGUCGAGGCGAGAUAAGCUGAAGAUCCCCUCUCUGACUCUGGAUUUGUCGCCCACUUGCCAAAGCCCCACCCUCCUGAGCCCAUGCAGCCCCUGCAGCCCCUGCAGCCCCUUACAAACCCUUCAUCCCUGGAGCUGUCGCAGCAGCAACAGGAAGAGCCUCUGUGUCGGAACGCCAUCACCCACGCUGUCCCGGCCGCUCUCCCCACUCUCACUCCACACUGCUGCGAGCAGCCCUCUAGACAGCCCUCGUAAUGUGUCGACCAGUGCCUGCCUCAACUUUCCAUUUGCCCGAAGAGCUGAGGGCCGGAGAUGGUCCCUGGCGUCCCUCCCCUCGUCUGGUUAUGGAACCAACCCGCCGAGCUCCACUGUCUCAUCGUCCUCGUCCUCCCAGGAGCGCCUUCACCAGCUUCCCUACCAGCCGACACAAGAUGAGCUCCACUUCCUCUUCAGACACUUCCGCAGCACAGACAGCAUGACCGACGAGGAUGGGCGGACCUCGACGGUCAUGCGGCCUCGGUCCAGGAGCCUCAGCCCCGGGCGGUCAAGUGUCUCCUUUGAUAAUGAGAUAGUCAUGAUGAACCAUGUUUACAGAGAACGUUUUCCAAAGGCCACAGCCCAGAUGGAGGAGCGCUUGUUUGAAAUUAUCACCCACUGCUCUCCAGACAGCUCCCUCCCGCUGGCCGACGGGGUGCUGGGCUUCAUCCAGCACCAGUUGGUCGAGCUGGUCAGAGACUGUCUGGACAAGUCCCGGACAGGCCUGGUUACAUCCCGAUACUUCGCUGAGCUGCAGGAGAAGCUGGAGAAGCUGCUUCAUGAGGCAUACAAGCGCUCUGAAAGCGAGGAGGUGACCGUCAUCAUCCAGCUGGUGAGGAAGAUCCUCAUCAUAAUCUCUCGGCCAGCUCGCCUCCUGGAGUGUCUGGAGUUUGACCCGGAAGAGUUUUAUCACUUACUUGAGGCAGCAGAGGGUCAUGCCAAAGUUGGCCGGGGAAUCAAGACGGACAUCCCACGGUACAUCAUCAGCCAGCUGGGUCUGACACGGGACCUAUUAGAAGACAUGGUACAGCUUGAACAGUAUGAUGGCAGUCCUUCGGUGUCAGUGGAACCAGAUGCUAAUGUGGAGAAUAAAGCCCCACAGACAGUGACACCAACUAGAAGGAAACCACUUGAAAGUGAUUUUGAAACGAUCAAACUCAUCAGUAAUGGAGCUUACGGGGCUGUGUAUCUGGUCCGCCACAAGGAGACCCGCCAACGGUUUGCCAUGAAAAAGAUAAAUCGUCAGAACUUGGUCCUGAGGAACCAGAUCCAGCAGGCUUUUGUGGAGCGAGACAUCCUAACUUUUGCUGAGAACCCCUUCGUUGUCUCCAUGUUCUGCUCGUUUGAGACACGACGUCACCUCUGCAUGGUCAUGGAGUAUGUGGAAGGUGGAGAUUGUGCCAACCUGCUCAAGAACAUGGGCCCUCUGCCUGUAGAAAUGACAAGAAUGUACUUUGCUGAAACAGUCCUGGCCCUGGAGUACCUUCACAACUAUGGUAUUGUGCAUCGAGAUCUCAAACCUGACAAUUUGUUGAUUACAUCCAUGGGCCACAUCAAACUGACGGACUUCGGUCUGUCUAAAAUUGGCCUGAUGAACAUGACCACCAACUUGUACGAGGGUCACAUGGAGAAAGACACAAGAGAGUUUGUUGACAAACAGGUGUGUGGCACUCCAGAGUACAUUGCACCAGAGGUGAUCCUCAGGCAGGGCUACGGGAAGCCAGUGGACUGGUGGGCGAUGGGGAUCAUCCUCUAUGAAUUCCUGGUCGGCUGUGUGCCAUUCUUUGGAGACACAACCGAAGAGCUUUUUGGACAAGUUGUCAGUGAUGAAAUUGUUUGGCCAGAAGGAGACGAUGCCUUACCUGGUGAUGCCCAGGACCUGAUCACCCGCUUGCUCAGACAGAGUCCUUUAGACCGUCUGGGAACUGGCGGAGCCUCAGAGGUCAAACAACACCCAUUCUUCCUGGGUUUGGACUGGAAUGGACUCCUGAGGCAGAAAGCUGAAUUCAUCCCUCAGCUGGAGGCGGAGGACGACACCAGCUACUUCGACACUCGUUCAGAGCGUUACCACCAUUUGGCUUCCGACGAGGAUGAGGAAACCAAUGAUGAAGAGUCUUCCUUGGAAAUCAGACAGUUUGCUUCCUGGUCGCAUCGCUUCAGCAAGGUUUACAGCAGCACAGAACAUCUGGCAACACCAUCCAACCUGAGCUUCUCCUCUGACCGCAGUCACAGUGAGGACAAGGAGGACCGCGGGGACCUGGGAGGACUCAGUCCAUUCCCAGGCCCAGCAGAGGGUAGCGUGGAGCGCAGACAUGCCGGACGCAUGGCCAGCCUUCGCCCUCGGGCCUCCUCCAGCUCCUCCCAGCCUGAGAGGAACACCAGUCCUCUGGUGAUGAGCAGCACCCACAGCCUGGAGACGAUGCCCCGCUUUGCCCUCUCCACUGACGAUGAAGCUGAGGUGGUAGUAUCAAACCUUCGGCGGAUCAGGAUUCGCAGCAACAGCACCGGGGCCAAACACUCAUCUCCUAAGGACACGGCCGGCCCUCGACGCUUCGGUAACCAGCUGGAGACGCCAGACAGACAGAGGCUUCCCUGUGGGGGGAAGGUCCCGAAGUCAGCCUCUGUCUCAGCCCUGUCUCUCAUCAUCACUACAGCUACAGAAGAUGACUUGCCAGGCGGCCUCCAGCCCAGUCCCAUCUCCCCACGCUCUCUGUCCUCCAACCCUUCAUCCCGUGACUCCUCCCCCAGCCGGGAUCUGUCGCUUACCCCUGGCAGCCUGAGGCCUCCCAUUGUCAUCCACACCUCGGGGAAGAAGUAUGGCUUCACCCUACAGGCCAUCCGUGUCUACAUGGGCGACAGCGACAUCUACACGGUGCAUCACAUGGUGUCGAGUGUGGAGGAGGGCAGCCCGGCUCACCAGGCAGGUCUCCGCACUGGAGACCUCAUCACCCACGUGAACGGAGAGUCUGUCCAAGGCCUGGUCCACCCUGAGAUGAUAGAACUGCUACUUAAGUGUGGCAGCAAGGUGGCGCUUCAGACCAUAGCGCUUGAGAACACGUCGAUCAAAGUGGGUCCAGCUCGAAAAACCAAACACAAAGGCAAGAUGGCUCGUCGUAGCAAGAAGAGCAAGAGGAGAGAUAAUUACGACAGGCGACGAAGCAUCUUGAAGAAGCUCUCCAAGCAGAGCACAGUGAUGCAUAGCAGUCGCAGCUUCUCCUCAGGUCUCCACCACUCUGUGUCCUCCAGCGAGAGUCUUCCAGGCUCCCCAACACACAGCCUCUCCCCCGGCCCCUCCACACCCUGCCGGAGUCCCGCACCCGACCAUCAGGCCAUUGACAAUAACUCCCCUCAGAGCACAUCUCCUUGCUCCAGCUCUCCCAGUUCCCCCGCAGCACACAUCCGGCCCAGUUCUCUCCACGGCCUGGGCUCCAAACUCAGCACGCAGCGCUACACCAAGGUGGGCCGCCGGAAGUCAACCAGCAACAUCCCCCCCUCACCCCUGGCCUGCAACUCGUCCUCAUCCUCCGCCCAGCCUCUUUCUCCACAGCGCUCUCCCUCUCCACUCUCAGGCUUCGCCAAAACCCUUCACACGUACCACGGCAAAACCCUGUCCCCGCCCACCAUAGUUAGACACAUUGUGCGGCCCCGCAGCGCAGAGCCACCUCGAUCUCCUCUGCUGAAGAGGGUACAGUCAGCUGAGAAGCUGUCUGGUGUCUAUCAUGCUGAUAAGAAGUCGUAUGCCCCCCGCAGGCACACGUUGGAAGUGCCGUAUUAUGGUGAGGGGGACCUGCUGGGUGACUUGGAGGCAGAGGGUGUCUGUGGAGGCUCCUACAUCGGGGUCGAUCACAGCAGGCUGGGGGGAUACAUCGGCAGCCAGAGGAUGAGGGACUCUGGGAUUGAACGAUCAGAGCAGCUGGUAGUGAUGCGAAAGCUGAACCUGUCAGAGAGGCGAGACUCCUUUAAGAAACAGGAGGCAGUGCAGGAGGUGAGCUUUGAUGAGCCAGAGGAGAAAACCAGCACCACAGUCACAGUGACCACUGCUCCAGCCCAAACGCAGCAGCAGCAUAGGAUGGCCUGGAUGCUCACUCGACCCCAAACCGGCGAGGAGGUGGAGCUGGAAGUGCCGGUGGUGAGGAGGUUCACGCUGGUGCCCCAGAUCGCCGUGCAGGGCUCAACGGAGAGCGAGGGACAGGAUGAGUGGGAGCCGUGUUCCGAUGGUGAGGAAACCAACGAGAAACCUGAGCUGGAGCUGGGCGUCACUUCAUCUCCGCCACAAAAGGAAGGUCAUCCUCUCACUGACAAUGGCUGCAGUCAGGCAGCAGAAACCACCUCUGCAUCAACAGAGAAGACUGAGUGCAGAGAGAAAACUCCACAAAAAGGACACCUGAGAAAGUGACUAUACUCAUUUCAACUACUCAUAGCUUUGCUUUCAAGUCUUUCAAAGGUUGUAAACUCAUUUACAAACUUGUCUGGCUGAGAGAGAGCGGGAGGAGAUUUUACUUGAAUUUUGUAAAUGUAAAUAUUUGCCUCAAGGCGUUGUGGACUUUCUGGUUUUAUUUAUUAUAUUUGCAAACUUUGUCGAGUUAGUAAAAGGGAAAGAGGGAAGUUCUCAUUGGUUGAAAAGCCAAGGUUAAACAUUUUUGUAUCCAUAAAAUGUGGUUUUAUGUCUUUUGACUAGCUUGUUGUUUUUUUUUUUUUUUAUAUAUACACCGGUAUGUCUUAUUUUUUUUAAUAGAUUAUCGCGGUACAGACUAGUUUGAUAAUGCUGGGCAUACUUGUUAAAAGACCAAAAGGUACAACAAGUCAUUUUAGAAGUUGAAGUUAAAUUUUUUGCCUCCUUGUCAGUGUAGGUUUAGAUCUGAUCCUGCGCAGCUUCCUAUAGUGUAAUACUACUAUUAUCUUGAUCUCCAUCAACCUAAGAAUGACCUUUGGUUCACACUGCGAGCAACAUGGUUGAUUUGUCAUUUCCUGAUCAGCUGUCAGCCAGACUACAAUACUAAUGUUUUUGCUGCUUUGCUUAGGCCUUUUAAUAGCACUACAUCGCAGAAGAAAGCGUCAAAGCUAUUGAGCACUUAUUAGCAUGCAGGAAAAAACUGCUUUGAGUUUUAAAGAUGUUCAAAACUGGAAUUCUUCCAUUUUGUACCUGUCAGACACAACUACUGUUCAUAAAACAAUCACAUUGGUGGGUAAAGAAGAGAAUUAUGGUUUUCUGACAGAAGAGAGGCAUGAAAAGUUUAGUUGUUUGGCCCAUGUUUGUCUGACAACUUUAUCAGGUUUGUAAUAAAUUAAAGUAAUUCCAUUGACGUGUUGAUCAUGUACCUUUGCAGUGUGAAUUCAUGGUCACGACGUUGUUCUUCUUACAUGUGGAACCAGUCAGAACAGGGUAAUAUUGCACACUGACACUGUCCACUUUUGACUUUAAAGUACAAUCUGUAAUGAAGCCGACUCCUAAGGGAUAUUAUGUGCCAUGAUAUCAGUACAGUGUCCUCUAAGCCAUAUCUUUGAAGACAGAAAUGUCAGUUGAAAUCAUUUGUGUUUGUAAUCUUAACUGCACAUGAAGAUCUUUGUGUAACCCCCCCCCCUCCCCCCCGUUAUGGCAUUCUCUGACAUCAACAUCUCAUGAAAGACGAAGUUGAGGAUGAAGUUGUGGAUGUUGCAGAGCAUGAUACACACAUACACACACGGCUUUGUGGCUACUUGAUAUAGACUUGGUGUGAUACCAUAUUAUAGAGGUAUCUCAAAUGAUUUGUCUUUUUGACAUCUGUAAACACUGAUUCAGCAUGGCUCUGCGUCUCGCUGUAAUAACUUGUUCUACUCAAAGCAUGCAAUUUGCAGGAAAAACACUGAGCAGCCAAAUUGAAGUCUAUGUCAUCUACAGAGACCGGAGAGAAUAUCUUUUUGUUUAAAACAUUUUGGGAUUUAUUUAUUUUUUGGUCUUUCCUUACCUAUAGUGACACAUCAUUUUGUACCUGGAAAUGUGUUGGAUCCUUGUGUAUUUUUUUGAGCGUUUUUUUUCUCUCACAUGAGCAUGUCAGACACAUCUUGCCUAAAAGACCUGUUACUACUUAAUUUACGUGUAGUGAUGUUUACAUCGAGGGGAAAAAUGCACUAAAGUAUUUUCACAUGAAUUUUGCAAGUGAAUGUUGAAGGUGAAAUGAAACCCCUUACAUUGAAUCCAAACCCAGGGCUUCUUUGAACAAAUGUUUUAUGUAUUGUACAAAUAUUGAUGUAUAUUUUGAUAACAAGGGUGUGUAUAAUUCCACAUGUGUUGAAAGACAUGAUAUGCACAAUGACAAUUUAAGGCACUGGGAUUUUUCGAGGGAAUGGGCUGUUUUCACAAAAAACCUUGCUGGUAUUUAGAACCGUAUUUUACAUCCAGUACAGACUGGAUGUACUUAAGAUUUUUUCCACUACAGCGACAGAGUUUUGAGGUUUGAUGUCCUAAUUGUCAGUGGCUGUUGCUGGCUUUUGUACCAACUUCCUCUUGAGUCUUCUGUUUAUUGAAUUGUUGAUGUGUUCCUUAAGUCGUUCUUCCUCCUUUUAAAAGAAAAGUCCUUAAAUCUCAUGAUGACGACCUUACGGGAUGCCGUCAUGUCAGUGAAGGGCAUGGAGAGAUUAUGUCCCCGAAUGGCUCAGUUAUUUUUGCAGUCUGACGGAAUUGUUUACAAUGAACAAACAUGCUAUGUACUGUACAGACAUUUUAUAUCCUGUGGCUGUAUAUGAUGAAACUACCCUCUUUGAUACCAUGAAAGAAAACGACUCUCAAAGACGUAACAUAUCUGUUUUUGUUUUCUUUUAAAACUGUUCAUAAGGAGUAAUUUAGCGCCAAGCUGAGAAGCAUUUACUGUUUUUAUAUGCACUUAAGUUACUGGUUUAUCGUCAAGCUUUUUGAAAAUACCUGUUUUCAUAGUCAUCGUAUUAAAUCAACCCAGUUCUAUUAACUGAGCUAAGGGAUGAAAGGAAACCUGAUAAACAGCUAGAUUUCUUGGGCAAGUGUACACUUCACCUGGUUUGUAAUGGUGUUUUUUGUUUUUUACACGUGCACAUUUGCAUUAAAAGGAAGUCACACAGGCAAAAUAAUGCUGCAGAGGGAUUAACUAAAAAAUCAUUAUUCUAGAGCUAAAUUCUUGUUAAUAAAAUUAUAGGAUGUCCGAUAAACUAAAAUAGCAGAUUCAACACUAUUUGUUCAGUUCUACACACAUUUGCACACUAAGGGACAACUCUGUAAAAAGGCUUCACAGUUUGAAUACAUCACUAUUUCUCAGAAUGGCUUGGUUUCUUAUGUGAAUAUAAAUGUAGUAAAUGCUCGAUUGGUCUGGUUAAAAGUCUGACAGUGAUGUGACAGCUGUAAGGUAAAUACUCUUCAGCCACUGAAAGUCAGCAAAGACGAGCUCAGUUGGUGUCAAACUUACACUUAAAGAACAAACUGGCAGGUAAAACUAUUGUACAUGUGCAUGUGUUCUCCUGUGGACUCUUCUGUUCAGUGCAUGCUGCAUGAGACAAGCACACAUCUGUAAUACUUGACUGCAUGGUAUACCGGCGUUGUCGCCCUGUACUGUGUUUUCUUGUGCAACAAAUAAAAUUUGUAUUUCUCUUUGACUCA